AUGCAAGACAGUAAUUAGAUUGAAUAGAAAGGAGAAGAUUAGCUACAAAGUGCUAAAUUAGAAGAAAAUAUCUUUAACCGUUCACAUUCUUUUCCUCAACAUACUUCGACAUAAAUUGGGUUGUUUUAUAACGCUAUUAAUACUACUCAAAAUUCGGCUAUUCCAUGUAAAGGAGGACUUUUUGAAAAAAAUCAAGUUUCAUAAGAUCCAUUUUCUCAAAGUGGUGCAGGAGGACUUUUUCAUAAUUCAGGAGGACUUUUUCAUAAUUAAGGAGGACUUUUUGACACGAAUCCAGCUUCUAAAGAUUCAAUUUUUCAAAGUACAGGAAGAAGUUUUGACAAAAAUCAAGUCUCUUAAGAAACUAAUAGCUAAAAGCCUAGUUAACAAAGUGAGUAAAAUUAAGAAGCAGACAAAGAAGAACACAAAUAAGAAAUUACUCAAAAAAAUAAUGAAAGUUAAGAGAAAGAAAAAAAGCAAUAUUUUUCAAAAAAUUGUCCUAGUCAUUAAGGAUAUAAUUUAUAAUUUCUCAGUGUAGAUUAAAAUUCUAAAAAAUACUUACUUUGUCCUCUCUGUAUAUCAGAAGGUAACGGAGGAUAAUAUAUCUAUUUAGAUUUGAUAUUUGGCAAUGAUAAAUUGAUUAAAAAUUUACCAAAAGAAGAAUAAGAAAAUUCUGAGUUCUUAAAAUAAAUGUAAUAUGUAUUAGGCGAACAAGAUUUCUCCAAUUAAGUAAAGUAGAAAAUUAAUGAUAAAUUUGAAAAUUUAAAAAAGCAAAUCAUCAGCCAAUUAGAUAUUAAAUAAAAAGAAAUGCUUAAAUAAGCUGAAUUACUUGAAAAUUAUUAAAAUAAGAUCCAACAGAACUAUAAUAAUUAUAUCUAAAAAGAUAAAAUAAAAGAGUUGUUAAUAAAGGAUUAAAAUAUCAAUUAAGUAGAAUAAAAAUUAAAAAGCAUAAUCGAUGGUAUUUAUACUCGCCAAAAGAAAUUCUAAUAAGAAGUUUAAUAAGAUAUGAUCAAUUACCAAACUUAAAUUAGCGCAAUUAAUUAUGAUCAAGUAAGUGAUAUAAGUAAAAGAAUUCUCUAAUAAAUUAGUGCCAUAGAAGUCUUUAAAAUUAGUGAUUUGAAAUCCCUGAGCUAAACAGAUUAUGAAAAUAAUAUGAGUGUUUACAAUGAAGAGCUCUUUAAAACAGAUCCUAAUAAGUUAACUGCAAGUUAGCUGCUUGUGAGAUUAUUAAGCAAUAAAAUGAACAACUGUCCUCCAUCAUUAUUAGAGUAAUUUAAGCAAUUAAUAGCUAAGAUUUAGGGUUUUAUUGACACCUAAGGAAUCAAGAUUCCUAAAAAUAACAAUCUUUUUAAGGUGGACUAUAACAAAUUUGAUGAUUCUUAAAUUAAACUAAUUCAGGAUUUAUCAGAAAGCUUGUUUUAAGAUUCAAAUAAUAGCAGCAGUUUCUAACCUAAAAAUAAUAAUAAGGAUAUCUUAAUGGGUUUGAUAUCAAACAAGUUCAACUAGUGCUCUAAAGAAUUCUUAGAAUAUAUUUCAUCUUAAUUAGAUAAAAUAAAUCCAUUUAUUAAAAGCUUAGAUUUAGAUAAUAAAGGAUAUUAGAUAAGUGGAUCUAAGUUAAAUUAAGCUAAACUAGAACAACUUAUUGAACUAGUCAAAGAUCUUGAGAGAGAUGAUAAGAAAAAAUUUAACUAAAUUGAAGAAUUUAAGAAGGUACUAGAAAAUGAAACAAAUAAUCUAAGUGUAGAAUUUAUCAAUAAUUAUAAAUUAGUAAGCAUACAAUACCCAGACAUAUUAGAAAAUUUACUUUUAAAAUAAGGAAUAUUUUAAAAAUCAAAAUCUCCUAUUAUGGACUUCAACCGUUUAAAUAAUCAUUAAAUGACUAAUUUACAAAACUUAGCAAAAAAGAUGAAUCAAUUAAAAGAUGAUUUUGAUUCUCGUUAUUUAAAUUCAAAAUAACCUAUUCAUUAUUAGCAAAUUCAAUCAGCACAUUUUGUUAAUUAGAUUAAGAGAUGUCUAAACAUCAAAACUCUAGAAUAAUAACUAAAACUAGAAUAAGAGCAAGAAAUAGAAGAUUAGAAUACAAAAUAAAAACUCGAAAGAGCUCUUGAAUAAUUAGACAUCAUUUAAUAAUUACUUGUUAAGUAUCCUAUUUUUGAUCUACGCGAAGACCUCUUUGUUCAUAAGUUAUAACUAGAGUUUUAACAAGUUUAAUUGACAGAAAUAAAUCCUUUAUCUAUAUAAAAGUCUAUAUAAAAUAACCCUUUAUUAGUUUAGAAGAAAUCGGUUAUGGCUUUAGUUGUAACUAAAAACAGCUUAAAUCCAAAUUUAAAUUAUGUAUUUAGAUGCAAAUUGAAUAAGAACCUUAACUGUGAUGCUAUCGCCUUUGGUAUUAUGCAAGAUAUUAACACUGAAAAAGAAUACUUGUGGAAAGAAAACCUCUGCUUUAAAUCUAGCAGAAAUGGUUAUGGUUUAAACAAAAUAAUUAAUGGAUGUAAUCUAUUUAACGUCAGAGAUCAAGUAGAUUACAUUGAAGUCAGAGUUAACGUAAAUAAGAAAAUUAUGUUAUUUGCAGACUAUCCUCAUUACUAAAAUAUCAAUCAAGCAAAUCCUGAAAAUUUCUCCAAUAAUAAAGAAUAUAAAUUUGGUAUUUAAUUCUAUGCUCCUGGAGAGAAUUACGAAGUAGAAAUUACUGAUAUUAAUGUUGUUUAAGAUGACGAAUUAGAAACUUUCUUGAGCAAAGAUGAAAAUGACUUCGAAGAUCUUACACCUGAAGAAGAAGAAUAAGAAUCAGAAAACUCUGAAGAUUUUUAUUUGCCUCCAGUCAAAAUAUAUGCAGAUGAAUAGAAAAAAUGCUAAGAAGAGAAAAUUGAUGAUUUAAAAGAAGAGAAAAUUGAUGAUUUAAAAGAAGAGAAAAUUGAUGAUUUAAAAGAAGAUUAGCCAUUACAAGUAAGACCAAACAAAGCCAAAAAGUCUUCAAGAAGAAGAAGAAUCAAACUCAUUUUUUGA